AUGCUUUUCCUCGAUUUGUUCGCGAUCAAGAUUUUUAAAAAUAUUACUAAAAAUAUAAUUGAGAAAACCAGUUCAUUAAAUAAAGAGAAUAAUAAAGAAGAAUUCAGGAAAAAAUGCCUAGAUUUGGCUAAUUAUGUAGUUCAUAAUAAGAUAGCACCCUCAUAUCAUAAUCAAGUAAUUUGGGAAAGAGCAAUAAAGGGUUGGACACAAUCUCACUAUGAAAAGCUAAAUAAAUAUGGAGAAUGCCCUUUUAUUUUAGAGGAAAAAGAUAAAAAAAAUUUAGAAUUAAAAUAUGAAGAAGUUGAUUUUUGUGAUAAAAGAAAGAAAUAUUUGGAUGAAAUACAACGAUUGAAAGAGAAACUACCAAGUAAUUCUGAUAAGUAUUCAUGUAGAUGUAAUGAAUAUAAUGAGUGGAUUGAGCAAAAGAAAAACUAUUUUGAGGAAAAGAAAAGCCUUUUUGGAACAUUCUACCAAAAAACAGACCAAAAAAAAAAAAAAAAAAGACGUUCAGAAUAUAUAUGCGACUUAAUGAAUGAUCAAACGUUCAAAAAACUUACUGACUUCCCCCCAGUAAAUAAAUUACAACGUCGUGAAGGUGAAUCUGAAAAGGAAGAAAUAGGUUCACAAACAAAAGAUAAAGAAAAAAAGGGGGAAUCACCUGUAUCAUAUGAUUAACCCGAACAAGCUGCACCUACAGAGGGAGCUGCCACUAAUCAAAUGAAUCAUGAUACAAAGCAUAAUCAACAUGAAGAGAAAAAUAAAGAAGAACUGGAACCUCCAUCUGCACCUGAAGUACAAACACUAGCUCAUUUAUCAUCACUUGAAUCUCCUUCUAAUGAAGUUGAAGCUAAUUCUGAAAAUUCUUUACAGUCUCCGACACAAGCAGUUUUCUCAAAUUCCCAACCAUCCACAGAAGUAUCAAGUGAAUCUGUACCUCGUGCACCAGUUCUACUAGACAUAAAACCAGAAAAUGCUUCCGAAAGCACACUAUCUUCUCCAAUAUCAAAAUCCCUUCCAAGUUCUUUAACUUCAACUAUACCCUCUGUAACUUCUGGUGACCGAAAUUCAUCUAAUAAAUACAUAUCAUCUAUUUUAAUAACCUUUCUAAUUAUUAUCGUAUUUUCUCUUUUUAUUAAAUACACAUUAAUGGGACAGUUAAAAAAAAAAAAAAAGAUAAAAAGAAGACAAGAAAAAUUUCUUAAAAUACUAAUACCUUCACAUUCGAACAGAAAAAAAGAAUUUUUAACUCAUAAUCAUUUGGAACACCCGUGUUAUGAUGAUGAAGAAAUUACUAAAAAAAUAAAAAUACUUGAAGAUAACAUGAUAAAAAAUUUACAUGAGUCUAAGCAAAAAAGGAAAAGGUCCAAAACUAUUAUAGAAGUACAUAUGGAAGUGCUUCAAGAAUGGAAAAAUGAAGAAUGGAAUUACAAAAAAGGAGAAUUUUUAGAAAUAUGCUUAGAAGUGUUCACAAAAAAGUUAUAUGAGCUUUAUCCUAAUUUAACAAAUGAUGAACUAAUAACGGAAAAUAUUAAAAGUAGCAGUGAUAUUGAAAAACAAAAAAAUUUAUGGAAUAAAUGGAUAGAAAGACAUAGAAUGAAUAAAGUGGACUGAUAUAAUAAUUUAAAAAAUGAAUGGAAAAAGGAACUAGCUUCUAUACAUGAAAUUAAAGAUUUAAAAAAGAAAUCUUCUUAUGAAAAUCGCAAAAUUUUAUUUUUAGAAAUAGAAAAAGAUCUAUGGAAACAAUAUUAUCAGAAAACACAAUAUAUGGAACAAGAAUGACUUAAGGUAUUAACAGAGAAGUUGCCGAGUACAUCAGAAGAAUGUGUAAGUGAAGAAACCAUAAAUUAUAUAUCAUUAAUAAAUGUAGAAGAAUUGCAGCAGAAAGAAAAUUAUAAAGAAUUAUAUAAAUAUAUAAAAAAAAAAUUAUUCACAAGGAUGCGUAUUCUUGUUCUUAUGUCAAUAUUAGAAGAAUAUACAAAAGAGGUGAAUUUUGAUAAUAGGGAAUCACACUUGGACAGUUCAAUAAAUUAAUGGAAGGCAGAAGUAUAUUCAGGUAACAAACAAGAAAUUACAGAAAAUACAAUUGAAUAUAUCAACAGUGAUAUAGAAAAUAAAAGAAAUAAGGAAUUCCAUACUCAUAUAGGGAAGGACAGUUUCGAAAAUGAGAUAAAGGAUUGGAUAGUAGAAGAUGACUUAUAUGCAAGUUCUGUAGUUAAUAAUGGGACAGUCGAAAAAUCCAUUGAUAUAGCCGGAAAACACAUUUCACAAAUUCAUAGUAAUACAACCAAAAUAUAG